AUGGUGUACAAGCCUCGCCGACCAAAGACUGUCGAGACAGACCCUGGCGGACUUCCAGUGGAUGCCAUCGCUGCACGCCCUGCGCAUUCCCACCCUCCUUCCCCCACUUCCCCUCCCGUUCCCCCCAUUCACCACCCUCUCUCCCCCCUUCCCCCGUCCCCCCAGCCCUGGCGGACUUCCAGUGGGUGCCAUCGCUGCACGCCCCACACCCACACACAGCAGCACCAAGCCUCCUCCUCCCCUUCCCCUUUGUUCAACGAUGCCCCCUCCUUCCCCUCUCCCCCGCCGUUCCCCCAUCUCCCAGCCCUGGCGGACUUCCAGUGGGUGCCAUCGCUGCACGCCCCACACACAGCAGCACGGCACCAUGCCUCCUCCUCCUCCUCCCACUCUCACUCCCACUUCUACUCCUCACCUGCUCCCACCGGUGCGUCCCCCCAUGCAUCUGGUCUGGUCUGGUAUGGCAUUCGAGUCGACUCAAAAGUCGCCUUUUGA